GUCCCCCAAGCAGCCGCCUCCCGCAGCCGUUGACCGUAUAUGGGAAUGGGAGAGUGGGCCAACGUUGCCAUAAGAAAGGGGGAAAGGGCCAGGAGGGGGGCCGGCGAAGUCCCCUCCCCCCGACGGGCCUGAACGGGCACCGCUGGGGCCUCGGCUCCUCUAACCAACGUCCUUGGCGGUUGCUGCAGCCCGGGCGUGGGGGCGGGGCAGGGCCGGAGAAGGAGAGCCUGUGUUUGGGGGGAACUGCGGGAAGGGUGCAUUCGGAUGGCCCCACUGCUACGUGGGAUAGUUGGGGCGCCGGCUGGUUCUCUGCGGGGGCCCCCCACCUUGGAGCCCCACCCUCGGAGCCUAGGUGUUGCUUUUCUGCAGCCACUGGCCACUUGGCAGGGACAACUCUCAGGGCAGCUCCAAGGGAGCUGGCAUUGUGAAACCGCCGGACGUCACGGAACUGAACUUAACCUCUUGGGAACUGGAGAAAAGUUGACAAGGCCCUAAGCUGCUACCCUCACCCCGGGCGAGCUUGGGAUUGGCAGGGGGCAGAUUCUGCCUCGCUCUGCCAGCCCUUCACACCUCCCACUAGGCUGCUUGGUGGGUCUGGCCCCAUUCUCAGGACUGGGGGAGCUUGGCCCAAAGGUGUGGGAUGGGCACUGCCUGGUGGUGGAGGGGUGGCUUCUUGUGAGGGGCUCAUCCUUGUGCGCACAGAUGCUUGUCACGCUGCAGCUGCUGCAGCUGGAUUCACCGCCCGGUGGCUGUGGUUCUCUGUUUCGGAGAGGACAGAGGGGGAAGGGCGAGCGAGGAGGGGAGGAGCAGCAGGAGCCCGCGGAGCCGGGCCACCCCGCUGCCUUCCAUCCCCCUCCCCUUUUUAUUUUGCAUUAUUUCCUGUGGCGCGUUUGGCGCUAAAACUGUAAACUCUAGACCCUUGGAAGAGCGACCAGCGGGGAAGUUGCUCUCCUGCGACGCAGGGGGGCGCCGAGAAGGGAUCCUGCCCCGGUUCCACCUGGGAGUUCACCACCCUGUAACCAUGUCAGCGGCUGAUGCCAUGUUGCAUAAUGGGUCCCCGAAGAAUUAAAACGCAGGCUGUUGCAAUGCCAUGCAACUUCGGGGUCAGGCCUCGGCCCCGGGCCCCCAAGCAUGGUGGAAAUCCCCUGGGGAACGGCAGGAGCAGCUAAUGGGAUAUCGGAAGAGAGGGCCGAAGCCCAAACCGCUGGUGGUGCAGGUACCUACCUUUGCGCGUCGUUCCAAUGUGCUGACCGGACUCCAGGAUUCCUCUGCAGACAACCGCGCCAAGCUGGAGCUGGGCGGUCAGGGCAAGGGCCAGGGGCACCAGUACGAGCUCAACAGCAAGAAGCAUCACCAGUACCAGCCGCACAGCAAAGAGCGGGCGGGCAAGCCCCCACCACCUGGCAAAAGCGGCAAAUACUACUACCAGCUCAACAGCAAGAAGCACCACCCCUACCAGCCUGACCCCAAAAUGUAUGACCUGCAGUACCAGGGCGGCCACAAGGAGGCGCCCAGCCCCACCUGCCCGGACCUAGGCGCCAAGAGCCACCCCUCCGAUAAGUGGGCCCACGGCGGGGGGGCCAAGGGCUACCUGGGAGCUGUCAAGCCCCUGGCUGGUGCGGCCGGGGCACCAGGCAAGGGCCCUGAGAAGGGUCCCCCCAAUGGGAUGACGCCGGCCCCCAAAGAGGCGGUGACGGGCAACGGUAUUGGGGGCAAGAUGAAGAUCGUCAAGAACAAGAACAAGAAUGGGCGCAUCGUGAUCGUAAUGAGCAAGUACAUGGAGAACGGCAUGCAGGCCGUGAAGAUCAAAUCCGGUGAGGCGGCGGAGGGCGAGGCGCGCUCCCCCAGCCACAAGAAACGGGCUGCCGAGGAGCGUCACCCCCCCGCCGAAAGGACUUUCAAAAAGGCCGCGGGGGCAGAGGAGAAGAAGACCGAAGCGCCCUCCAAGAGGAGGGAGGAGGAGGCGCCGGGGGCCGGGGACCCGCAGCCCCAGGAGGCCGGCUCCCGCAAGCUCUCCCCGACCAAGGAGGCCUUCGGCGACCAGCCCCUACAGCUCACCACCAAGCCCGACCUGCUGGCCUGGGACCCCGCCCGCAGCACACACCCGCCCUCCCAUCACCACCACCAUCACCAUCAUCACCACGCCGUCGAUCUGAAUCUCGCCCACGCGCGUAAGCGCUGCCUCUCGGAGACACACGGCGAGCGAGAGCCCUGCAAGAAGCGCCUUACUGCGCGCAGCAUCAGCACCCCCACCUGCCUGGGGGGCAGCCCAGCUGCCGAGCGCCCCGCAGACGUGCCCCCAGCCGCCGUCCUCCCGCAGCCGGAGGUCAUCCUGCUGGACUCAGACCUGGACGAGCCCAUAGACUUGCGCUGCGUCAAGACGCGCGGCGAGGCCGGGGAGCCGCCCAGCACCCUCCAAGUGAAGCCUGAGGCCCCCGCGACCCCUGCAGUGGCAGCUGCGCCGGCAACAGCGGCAGAGAAGCCUCCGGCUGAGGCCCAGGACGAGCCCGAGGAGCCACUGAGCGAGUUCAAGCCCUUCUUUGGGAAUAUAAUUAUCACCGACGUCACCGCGAACUGCCUCACCGUCACGUUCAAAGAAUACGUGACGGUGUAGCGAAAGGGCCUCGAAAGGGAAAGCGCCGAACCCGCCAGGGCUUAGCACCUGGGGCCUGGGGGCGGACUCCUCCUCUCUCCAACUGCGAGAGUUCCCGGCCCGGCCCCAGCGCGAAAACGCCGGAAGCCGCGGCAACCGCGUCCCUCCGUCGGGUCCCGGCUGGGGCGCCCGGCCGGCGCUGGCACCGUCCACGCCGUGCCUGCGGGUCUCGCCCACCCAUCUGCCCCCAUCCCCUCUCUCGUGGACCUCCGGGACUGACAGGGCAGCCACUUGCAGAGGUCUCAGAGUUAUAGUAUUAUAUUUUAACCGUGCUAACUUGUCAAGUGCAGACUUUACUCCCGUUUGUACGUGGUGUUAUUAUUGAAAUGUAUUGUUUGAGCUCAAAAGGCCCACCAACCCCUUCGGGCUGAUAUAUAUAUAUUUAUUUGUAGGUAUUUAUAUAUUGAAAUAUAAAAACCUAGAUUUAUGGAGUUUCCUCUAGAUCAUGUUAUAUUCUAUAUCAAACAAACUAUUUUCUGUUGACCUUUCUACCCGUUCAUUCAGUAUUUCGGUUUAUUUCAUUUCCUCUCCUUCCAGGAACUGCAAUACCAGUAACCUUGGUAUAUAUUUUUUGAUACUGUACACAUGGAUGUGUUGUUUCUAUGUGCAAAAAAAAAAAAAAAAGUUUGUUAAAAGGCUAAACGAGCUCUCUAGAAACUGCUGCUACUAGAAAUGUCUAAACUAUAAGCUUCCAAUUAUUACCUGCUUGAAUGUAAAUAUUAAAUGGAGAUGUUGAAGGUG